AUAUUUCAAUAUCUAUCGCUACACGAUUUACUGUGUCGAGCAGCGCGUGUUUGUAGAUACUGGUAUACAGCAGUGUUUGACCCUGCUCUAUGGAGAUAUGUGAAUUUAAGUGAACAAUCUCAGUUAAGUGAUGAAAUAUUGGUGAAAUUGACACAUAUAAGCGAUAAUAUAUUAGGAAUUGACUUAUCAACACAUAGAGGAUCUCUACAUAUGUUUAUAUUUUGUUAUUUUGUGUUUGUGUUUUUUAGAUGUUUUGAUAUGCCAGGUGAAGCCUUUGAAUCUAUUGGUCUUUAUUGUCAUCAUUUAGUUUAUUUAGAUUUAGAUAUCUGUUCUAAUAUUACAAACGAAGCUAUAAUCAAUAUUGGUAAAGGCUGUAGUCAGUUAAAAGUAUUAUAUGUAGGACAAUGUAGUCUUAUUAAGAAUACUGGUAUAGUAGAAGUAGCUAGAGGCUGUCCUAGUCUACAACAGCUACGUAUUGAACAAUGUGACAAGAUUACAGAUCAGGCUAUUAUUGAAUUAACAAAAUAUUGUCCAGAUAUGGAUUAUUUACAUAUGUUAUCAUGUAGUCUUACAGACAGUAGUAUUUGUCAGAUAAUUAAGUUACCCAAGUUAAAACUUUUAGAUAUAUCUAAUGUAACACAGUUGAGUCCUAAAGUUUUAACUAAAGUGGUGGAACAUUGUAAUUCAUUAGAGACAUUAAAUGUAUCAUUAAAUAGAGCAGUUGGUGAUGAGUGUAUUAAAACUAUUGUUACAGCUUGUCAGAAACUACGGGUUUUGUCUUGUGUUGCCUGUAGACUAACAGAUAAAGCUUUAGAAUAUGUAGCAGACUAUGGUAAAUGUGUAGAACAUCUGGACGUAGCCUGGUGUGUAGAUAUUACAAACUAUGGUGUUAAAUAUAUCUCUGAUAAUAACCCCAAAUUAAAAUAUCUUGGUUUAAUGCAGUGUAAGAAAAUAACAUUUGAUACAAUAGAUGAACUGAUAGAGGCACAUCCAGAUAUCCAUUACUCUAAUUUUGUCACCGAAUCCAGAAGAAUAUUAAAAAAGGCCUGUUUAACAGUUGAUAAUCAGUUUCAAACUUUGAAUGUUGGUCUACUGUGUUAA